AUGCGAUGGGCCAGCGGGGUGGCGAGUGCCCUGCUUGGGACUCUCGCCUACCACGCUGCACCAGGCCUGGCUCUGGCUGAGGUUGACCCGGCCGAGGUGGCCUCAUCUGUCAGUGCAUACCUGGCAGCGCAUCCCAUUUCCACGCGCCAUGCCACCCAGACUCCAGACCCAUCGAGUCUGAUGGCUGCCGUCCUGGCCGGUAACUACACCUCCCGGCUGUCGAACACGACCAGAAGUCGAUGUCCCGUGAGCUGUAGCAGCUCGGGGCUCAAUUCCACGGCCUGGUCGGUCUAUCACUCGGUUGACCGACUGGGGCUGUGUGGCAGCCCGAUGUUGCUGGACUUCAACCUCUUCAAUCAACUGGAUGACGCAGCAACGCACGUCAGUAUUGCAGCCUGUACGGCUGACUUUAAGUCUGUUUCUUCUUCUUCUCUUUCGACGCGGGAUACCUCCGAUGAUAGCAGUUGUAUCGCGCAGUCCGUCAGCCGAUCCACGGUCACUGCUUCAGUUCAGCUGGCCUCGUCGGGCAAUGCUUCCUCCACCGGUGCCACCGAUGUUGUCGAUGCUCUGGAGCAGCUGCAAAGCACAUUCACCCUCUCCGGGUCCGAUUGCAAUGAAGUCAUCCGGGUUGCUUAUGCGGGCCAGGCGGCCGUCGGUGUCUACGUCGGCUCAGGGCUCAGUGGCCAGGGAGUCAUGUCAUCUGUGCUGAAUCAGCUGGUCACGGAGAUUGACUCCAAUGGCAGCAUUGCCCAGGAGACUCUCGUUCAGGUCUGCGACAACUCCACGUCCCGAUACUCGCUCGGCAUCUUCGCCAGCACCACGGGAAAUCUCCUAUCCGUGCAACGGGCACUGCAGUCCUGGCACAACAGCAGCUGUGUGACCUUCAUGGAGGAGUCAAUGCCCGCCUGGCAGACCAUCUCCUACUUGGCCCCGUCCAUGCAGCAAAACUCGUCGGUCCCAAGCAACUACACAUCGCUGGCUGCUCGAGAGCACGACGAGUGCACCACCAUUCAGGUGGCAUCCGGCGAUACGUGCACCACACUCGCCACCGAGUGUGGCAUCAGCGGAGCCGAUUUCGACGACUAUAAUCCAUCGUCCGACCUCUGCUCGACCCUGACCGUGGGUCAGCAUGUCUGCUGCACAAGCGGCACCCUGCCAAACUUUGCUCCCUCGGAAGACUCCAAUGGCGACUGCUACUCCUACACGGUCCAGACCGGAGACACCUGCACGGCCCUGGCGGCGGCGUACGACAUCACCGUCGACGAGAUCGAAGCCUGGAACACUGGUAGCAACGGAACCUGGGGUUGGAUGGGAUGUAGCGAUCUGUUGGUUGGGAGCUACAUGUGUCUGAGCAGCGGAUGGCCGCCGAUGCCGGCCAACGUCCCCAACGCCGUCUGUGGCCCUCAGGUCAACGGCACCAGCACCGCCCCCCACGGAACCGAUCUCAGCACGCUCAACGAGUGUCCGCUGAACGCCUGCUGCGAUAUCUGGGGCCAAUGCGGCAUCACCGCCGACUUCUGUACGCAGUCCAACUCGACGACGGGCAAUCCGGGCACUGCAGCCAAGGGCGAGAACGGAUGUAUCUCCAACUGUGGCACCGAGAUCAUCGUCAGCGAUGCCCCUAGCGAGACCUACUCCAUUGCCUACUUUGAAGCCUCGGACCAGACCCGGCCCUGUCUGACCAUGUCGGUGGACCAGAUCAACACCACCUUCUACACGCACAUCCACUUUGCCUUUGCCACCAUCAACACGGACUGGACCAUCAACGUGACCGGCCUAGAGGACCAGCUUUCUUUGAUGUCCAACAUGACGGGGGUCAAGCGGAUUCUGUCCAUUGGCGGGUGGGACUUUUCCACCGACGCCGACAGCUAUAUGAUUUUCCGGGAAGCCGUCACCGAGGCGAAUCGCGACACACUUCUUACCAAUGUCGUUGACUUCCUCGAGGAGUGGGACCUGGACGGGGUGGACUUCGACUGGGAGUACCCUGACGAGCCUGAUAUCCCCGGUAUCCCCGCUGGUACCACAGCGGACAGCACCAACUACUAUCUCACCCUGGCGGUGCUGAAGGCCACGAUGCCCGUCGGUAAGACGGUCUCCAUCACCGCCCCAGCCUCGUUCUGGUACCUCGAACGCUUCCCCAUCGAGGCCAUCAGCUCGGCCGUGGAUUACAUCGUGUAUAUGACCUACGAUCUGCACGGCCAAUGGGACUACGGCAAUGCCUACGCAGACAGUGGCUGUUCCGAUGGGAACUGCCUCCGGUCUCAUGUCAAUUUGACGGAGACCCUCAGCUCCCUCUCGAUGAUCACCAAGGCUGGUGUCUCGUCCAACAAGGUUGCCGUCGGCGUGGCAAGUUAUGCGCGAUCCUUCGAGAUGACCGAGGCUGGCUGCUGGACCGACAUGUGCACCUACACGGGGCCGGACUCGGGGGCAUGGCCAGGUCCUUGCACGCAGACAGCCGGGUAUAUCUCCAACUAUGAGCUCGAGUUGGUCCUGGCGGAGAAUCCCAGUGCGGAGGUGUACUGGGACAACAGCUCGUACACCAACAUCAUGGUCUACAACGAGACGCAAUGGGCGGGAUACAUGAACGACACCAACAAGGCGGUCCGGACGGUGCUGUACGAGGGUCUGAACUUCCUGGGCACCUCGGACUGGGCCGUUGACCUGCAGUCGGAGGAUGGCAACGAGGACACCGGGGGCUCGGGGGUCAUCUACAUUGAUCCCAUCAUCUUCAACGAGCCCAGCCCGACGGUGGCCGGAUACCCCCCGUUCACCAUGGUCUGGCCCACGUCGACGCUGGCCACGCCGUCCGUCGUGCACUUUCCCCCGUAU